AUGAGACCCGACGACAUCAACCCUCGCACCGGCCUCGUGGUGGCUUUGGUCAGCGUCUUCCUCGUUUUUGGCUUUAUGUUCACGGUGUCUGGGAUCAAGGGGGAGACGCUCGGCGACAUCCCUCUGCUGGCCAUCGGGCCGGCCAUCUGCUUGCCGGGCAUCGCGGCCAUUGCCCUGACCAGGAAAACCGACGGCUGCACCAAGUGGCCGGAGACCAGAUGCUGCCCCACCGGCCGCUGCUGCUGCCGCAGGAAGCCCAAAGACAAAGACGCCCUGGAGCUGCUGAGGACCCCUUCCGACCUGGAAUCGGGCAAGGGCAGCUGCGAUGAGCUGGCGAAGGAAGCCUAUGGCAAGGACUUGCUCAGCAAAGUGGAUCCGGAGGAGAUGCUCAGGUACUUGGAAAACUGUUACCCGGAGAUGCCUGGGAAUGUAUUUGUGGCCGAGGGCAGCCCUUACAGUGCCUUGGACAAGCCAGACUCGCUGGGCUUGGAAGGGGUGACUCCAGACACAGAGGACAACAUUUUCGUUGCCCCAAAGGACAGCAUCAUCGUCUGCUCCUACAAGGAGAACAGCCCUUACGACAGGUACUGUUGUUACAUAAACCCCAGCGAGGAAAUCUGUUCCGAUCACGAUGAGACGACGAUUGUUUGA